GGCAUUGUAUAUACAGAAAAGGAGGAAGAGUUCAAUCAUUGCUUGAUUUAAGUAGAAACAAAGGGCUUACUGUGUCCGAACAGGUACAGGGACUUCUAAAAGUAAUCAGAUAAGAAGAUGUAUCAGAGCGAGAGAGAUAGAGAGGGGGACAGAGAGAGAGCAUGCCUAAGUGAUGUGGAACUUAUCAUUGUAUAAGAGGAAUAAAUUGUACUGUUAUCAGAAAAUAAUCACACUGCUUCAUCACACUAACGCAGGUUUGAUUAUUUUCCUGUAACGGUAUGACGUACAGGGUUUUAUUCCUUACUUAAUAAACUUUAUAUGACCUUUACUGUAAUGAAAAACCACAGUUUGACUUGUUUUUAUUUCUAGAAUGAUACACCUGAUUAAGACUCAAAGUAUUGCUGUUAUCGAUGAGCAGUUCGUGUAGACCAGCACUGUUGAUUUAAUCAGCGAAUGACGGUGAUUCCGUAAAGCAUCUUUCUACCAUCUUUUGCCACUUAACUGCAGAAUCUGAAAACUACAAACACUUUAGGGUCAGCUAAUAAAUGCACCGCAGCUCAGACCUCCAGGGUCGAUACUUGAGAAACAGUGCGUCACUGGUACACAAAAAGGACGAGUUAAAUAUUGACACAGCAGAAUUAAAACGAACGGACAUCGGUCUAAUCUAUUGAUAAAAUAUCAUAUAUUAUUAUUGAUCUUGAUAGCUUUAUUUCUGAAAUGAUUCUCACCUUGACCCUUUAAAGACCUUUAAGGCGGUGCUGUAUACAGGUGGUUUUAUAAUGCAUAGACUUCCAUACAGUUACAGUUAAUGCCUUAAUCAAUCAUUACACAUUUACGAAUCCUUUUAAAGUUUAAUAGCUUUCUGUUGCAUCUUACACACACGCACGCAAGUGCGCAUGUGGGGGUGUGGUUCAUAAUGAGACAGCAGUUUGUACGCUGGUUUAUAAUGAGACAGCGGUGGGUAUGUGUGUUGUGUGAGAGAGAGCAGCAGAGGUGAGGGUGUAAAAGGAAAAGGAAAAAAAACACACACUCCAUCAUGGGAACCCGAGUCUCGGUCGCUUCUGCUCAACUGCUCAUCCUGAUGUUUCUGUCCUCUGCUUGCUCAGACUCUCUGACUGAGUUGGCUUUGAUCUGUGCCCAGCUGAACCCUUCACCAGCUCUUCCUUCCUCUGUUCACUCGCUGAGGCCUGCAGAUGUGCAUGUGCUGUCAGCACUCGGCCUGUCCACUUCACACAGGUCUGCUGAAAUUAGGAUUCUGAACAGGCUGUCUGAGAUUCUGUCCUGCUUUAAUCCAGAACUGACUACAGUGAUACCAGAACAGAGGGGUUCGCUCGAGGAAGUCGAGGAUGUGAUCGAGACGCUCGACGAUAAUCAGUGGAAGCUGCUGCUUCUCUUCGUGUCGGCGGAUGAGCUCUGCGUCUGCCCGGGCCAGGCUGCUUCAGUGGUCGAGUCGACGGUGCACAGAGUGGAGGCUGCGCUGGAUAAACUGCACGAGAAGUUGGAUCACACUCUGGUUCAUGUUGUGGUUUGGGGAGGCCGAGCUGAUGACAGAAUAUGUGAAUGCAAAGACGGCAUCAGCGCAGACACACAGACAUGGCCCAGACUGGAGAGAGCCGCCAUUAUGGCUAAUAUUCAGGAUCAUCUAGGUGCCCUCCUGCAGAGGCGUCAUCAAUGGAGCGAUGGAAAAAACUUCACUGUUGCACUGCAAUCCAGUCCAACAUACUUCGAUUCCUCAGAUGAUUCAGUGGAAGGAGACUCGCAGACGCUCAAGCAGCUGUGGAGCAAACUGUUGCAGCCAAUGGCGUCUGAGGUGGAGGGGCAGGGCAUGGCUGUUUCCUGUCCUUCACGCGAGAAGCCGUAUCUUUACACACAGCGUAACUCACCUGUCAUGCAGCCAAAGAGUGGCUCUCACAGAGCAGAAUUACAGACCAUUACCAAAGCUACCAGUUUUCCAUGCACCGUUACAAGUCCGUCUCCCUCAGUCCCCACCUCAGUGCAUUACCUCCGACCUGCAGAUGUCAAAGUGGUGGGAGCAUUAGGAGACUCGCUCACGGCCGCAUAUGGAGCGGGUGCCGGUCAGAAUAACCUUCCUGCCGUCUUGAUCGAGUAUCGUGGUCUGUCAUGGAGCAUCGGCGGAGAUGGAGAUCUCUCGUCUGUGACCACCUUAGCAAACAUCCUGAGGAAGUAUAACCCUUCGCUCACCGGCUUCUCCACCGGGACAGGCAAAGCCACAACAUCGCAGGCGUUCCUCAACCAGGCUGUAGGCGGAUCCAAGAGCAAAGACUUGCUCUCGCAGGCACAAGCCCUCAUCAACAGAAUGACAAGUGACUCGCGCAUUAAUUUCCAAAAAGACUGGAAGGUCAUCACACUGUUUAUCGGAGGAAAUGAUCUGUGUGAACAAUGCAAAGACCCGACCCUUUACUCUGCUGAUAAUUUUGCGAAAAACAUCCGCGACGCUCUGGACAUCUUACAUCAAAAGGUUCCUCGUGUUCUAGUGAAUCUGGUGGAGGUUUUCCAGAUCGCUCCACUGCGUCGGCUGCAUCAGGACACCACGCUCGGCUGUCCCACCUGGGUGGUGCAGAGUGUAUGUCCCUGUGUGCUGAACCCUGCAGAAGGAUCUUCAGAGCUGCAGGCUUUAAAAUCAAUAAACACAGCAUAUCAGACUGCAACGAGAAACCUGGUGGCCUCUGGACGCUAUAACACUCGCUCGGACUUCACCGUGGUCUUACAGCCAUUUUUCAGAAACGUGAUCUUUCCGGCGCUGGCGGAUGGAAGGCCCGAUCGCUCCUACUUCGCUGGGGAUUGUUUCCAUUUCAGUCAGAAAUCUCACACUCUCAUGGCCCGAGCUCUCUGGAACAACAUGCUGGAGCCUGUAAACAGUAAAACCACGUCCGUGGACUUCAACAAAGGCGUGACUAUGAAGUGUCAUUCUACGAGCACCCCUUAUUUCCCGACCACUGGGAACAAAGCGCUGGCAUACGUAGCCACGCCCAAGGUUGCGAACUGGGGCAGUGACUUCUCAUGCACGCACACCGGUCCCUCCGACACUGUGCCUUCCUCAGUUCACAGGUUACGACCCGGAGACAUCAGCGUAGUCGCUGCUGUCGGAGACUCGAUAACCGCUGGUUUUGGCGCCAAAGCGGAAAACAUCCUGCAGCUGCUGAACGAGGAAAGGGGCGUGUCCUGGAGCAUCGGAGGCGAUGAGACUCUGGAAACAGUCACCACGCUACCGAACAUCCUGAAAAAGUUCAACCCGAAUGUGUCCGGCUUCUCGCAAGGACGCAGCAAGAGGCCCAACGGUUUCAAUAUGGCCGUGAGCGGAGCUAAAGCAAUUGAUAUCCCGGGCCAGGUCAGGGACUUGGUGGAGGCGUUAAAGAACAGCACGAGCGUGGACUUUGAGCAGGACUGGAAGUUGGUGACUGUGUUUGUAGGCGGUAACGAUCUGUGCCAGUACUGCGAAAACCCGACCUCUCUUUCUCCUAAAAAGUACAUCGGAUACAUCAGGCAAGCUCUGGACAUCCUGUAUCACGAGGUACCCAGAGUGCUGGUCAAUUUAGUAGAGCUCCUACAGAUUGAGGACUUGCGUAAGAUAAAGUCAAACGCCACAGGAUGCACCAUCUUACAACCGACCCUGUGUCCGUGCUUCCUGCUUCCUGAAGAGAACUCCGUCGAGCUGGUCGAGAUGAAGAGGAUCAAUCGGCAAAUACAGACGGAGACCGAGUGGCUGAUGUUUGGAGGACAAUAUGAGAGCAGAGACGACUUUGCUGUAGUUCUGCAGCCUUUCUUCCAAAGUACAGUGGUUCCGAUGGGAGAGGACCGGCAGCCAGACCUGAGCUUCUUCUCAGUGGACUGUUUCCACUUCACUGAGCGUGGUCAUGCUGAGAUGGCCAUUGCACUGUGGAACAAUAUGUUGGAGCCAGUGGGCAGCAAACAGACGUACAACAACUUCACCUUCGACCGCAGCAAGAUACACUGUCCCUCACAGGAUCAUCCCUUCAUCUUUACCCGAUUAAACAGUUUUAACUCUGAGCCUGUUGACCCAACGGUGUCUAUUCCAUCUUCCAUCUUCCCCCACGGCUCAGUGGCAUCGUGGGUAGCUGCUCUGUUGAUGAUGGCUGGAGCUGUGGUGGGCGGAGUCUUGGCCUGGUUCAUUCUGUCCUGUAGCGAGCGGAGGAAGAAGAAGAGCAGCGACAAACUCAGCUCUGUUCAGAUACAGGGUUCCGAAAGCAAAUUUUAAAUUUUAAAACUGGCACCCAAUUCUAUUCAAGUAUAAAUACAAUUCUAGAAAUGCAAAAUACCCACGUGGUUUAUUAUGUAUAAAAUGGAAAAAAAAAUAUUUAAUUAUAAAAUGAUUUGUUGUUUAUUAAAGUGAGCUAGCCUAGUCUUCUCUCUCUGUGUGUUUAUUGUGAUGAUUGUCAUCUUGGUCAAUUUCUCUAAAUGGCUUUCUCAAACCAGUCCUCAAAAGCCACAGCUGGUUUUGAGUGUUGUUGUUUUUUAUUCUCGUUCCCAGCACCUGACGCACCUGUAUCAGGUAUUCCGUUACCUUACCUGUGUGUUUAAGGUGUGUUAAACACUGGAAGAGAGGAA